CCGCAUCUUCAGUCUUUGCUUGUACUCGUGGCAACUCUCGAUAUUGACGUUUACGAAGUGAUUGCCUUGGUCAAGGCAUGGCUAUAACGCUUACUCUUGAUCUGUUGUCUCCCGAAUCUUUCAUUCCCUUGAGAAGGCCCCAACCCUCGCUCUCUAAUGUCCGUUGAUACGACAGCAUCCCAAAACAAUUACUGCUUAAUGGAAAGCACACACCAUGACGACCCAGACCGACAUCAUCACGCGCACACCCUCUCACACUGCACCUUCCUUGCGACGUCGGUCCUCUUCCCAUUCCAGUCAACAGCAGAAACCAUGGGAACGUACGGGUCACCGGUUGUCCCUUCAUUCGACUCGCUCUCGGCCCGACCCUGACGAGAUACAGCACUUGUCGGAGCAUGUCACGCGCCAAACAACGAGGUCUUCCCAUCGCCGAACGCCGAAAUGGUAUAAAAUUCGGUGGUUCAGAGGCAUGAUCAAUGAUGUCAAGAGACGGGCACCAUACUACUGGAGUGAUUGGCGAGAUGCUUGGGAUUACAGGGUGGUGCCCGCCACAGUAUAUAUGUAUUUCGCCAAUAUCCUUCCAGCACUGGCUUUCUCGCUCGACAUGUUCACAAAAACCCAUAAUUCGUAUGGUGUCAACGAAGUCCUUCUCUCCUCCGUCAUGGCCUGUGUCAUAUUCUCUCUUUUUGCAGCACAACCACUAGUCAUUGUCGGUGUCACUGGUCCGAUCACAGUCUUCUCCUAUACUGUCUACGACAUCGUCGUCCCCAAUGGCACGAAUUACUUCGCGUUCAUGGCCUGGAUCGGCAUAUGGUCGCUCAUCAUGCAUUGGCUGCUGGCCAUCACCAAUAGCUGCAAUUUUCUGACAUACGUCACCCGAUUCAGCUGCGAUACUUUUGGUUUUUACGUGGCCUUCAUCUAUCUGCAAAAGGGCAUCCAGGUUCUCACUCGGCAAUGGGGUCUAGCUGGCGGAGAGAGCGCAUAUCUUUCCAUCAUGGUCAGUUUGCUCGUUUUAGGCUUUGCUUAUGGAUGUGGUGUUCUCGGAGCCAGCAAUCUGCUACACCACAUCCCGAGGAAAUUCAUCGAAGAUUACGGUACGCCACUCACGAUUAUCUUCUUUACCGGCUUCGUCCACAUCGGCCACAUGAAAGAUGUCCACCUAGAGACACUUCCUACCAGCAAGUCGUUCUUUCCCACCACCGAUCGUGGCUGGUUUGUGCAUUUUUGGGAUAUUAGUGUUGGAGAGGUCUUUCUGGCUAUCCCGUUUGCGCUUCUGCUGACAAUUCUCUUCUGGUUUGACCACAACGUCUCCUCACUCAUUGCUCAAGGCAGCGAAUUUCCUCUGCGUAAGCCACCCGGCUUCCAUUGGGAUAUUUUUCUGCUUGGCCUGAGCACUGGUGUUGCCGGCCUCUUGGGCAUUCCUUUCCCCAACGGCCUCAUCCCACAAGCGCCCUUUCACACGACCGCCCUCUGCGCCACACGGCAAGUCGUGGAUGAAAAGGCUCGAGGUCACACCGUUCGUGUGGUAGACCACGUUGUCGAACAGCGUAUGAGCAAUCUAGCCCAGGGACUCUUGUUCCUAGUCACCAUGUCUGGUCCACUUCUGAUUGUCCUGCACCUGAUCCCUCAAGGUGUGCUUGCAGGCUUGUUUUUCGUCAUGGGCGUCCAGGCGCUGCAGGGCAACGGGAUCACGCAGAAACUGCUCUUCCUUGCGCGUGACAACAAUUUGACCGAUGCGACGGACCCUUUGGCGCGGAUUGAUAGGAGACUGGCGAUAUGGGUCUUCGUGGCGAUUGAGCUCAUUGGUUUCGGCGCGACGUUCGCCAUAUCCCAGACGAUCGCCGCCAUUGGCUUUCCUGUGUUUCUGAUCUUACUGAUUGUGGCACGCUCGUGGUUGAUGCCGAAGUGGUUUCGGGACGAAGAGCUCAGGGCUCUUGACGCGCCGACAGCAGGCUCAUUCGUCAUGGAGAGCGUCGGCGGGGCGUAUGGCGAGAGCGAGGCAAGUACGCCCGAGGAAAACGAGACUGCGGUUGUCGAUGAUACCCUGGAAAGGGGCCAGAGCUACGAAUUAGAGACGUCACCAGCGAACCGCAAGGAUAUUCCUGAUGGUGCCAGUCUGAUGACUGGAGGGCCGGCGAGACGAAGACCAAGUCAUAGUGAGUUGCCCAGACCGAAGGGUGGAGUGAGGAAGAGAAGUAGAAGUUCGUUGAACAGACGUGGCGGAUAGAUAAGAGUUAGAUGAAAUGUAUAGGAAAGAAUAUUAGAUACAGGUGGAUGGGUACAGCCGGGCCAUCGAUACAGAGCAUUUUACAGAUAGGUCCGAAGACGCUGGGAAUAACAGGCGCCGGCGUAGAUCUCGGAGCUUAUAUAAUAAUGGUAAUGGUAU